CAUACGCUACACGUUUAAUACAUCACUUGACUUGUGAACCCAUCGCUAUGUUAUCUCGUGCCUCCAUCCGUUCCUUCAGCGCUUCUGCGUCUGCAUCUAUCAAGGUUUCUGCCAGAGAUGCUCCAGGCUCUCUUCUUUCCAGCGUCUCUGUUGUUGUCAACAACGCUGGAUCCAAGGCCUCCUCUAAGGCUGGUGUUGCUCACCUUUUGUCCAAAUACAACUUCCUCAACACUGAGUCCAAGUCUGCCUUGAGAUUCACCAGAGAAUCCGAACUUCUUGGUGGUUCUUUCUCCACUCAAGUCACCAGAGAUGCCAUUGUCUUGAACACUCAAUUCCUUAAGGAAGACUUGCCAUUCUAUGUUGAAGCUUUGGGUAACGUCUUGGCUAAGCCAUCUUUCAGACCACACGAAUUUGUUGAAACCGUGUUGCCAGUUGCCAAGGCUGAAUAUGAAGUUGCUGCUAAGGACCCAAAGUUUUUGGCUGUUGAAGAACUCCACAGCAUCACUUUCAGAAAGGGUUUGGGUGCUCCAUUGUACUUUGAUGGUAAGUCUUCUGUCUCUUUAGAAGACGUUACUUCCUUUGCUCAAUCUGCUUACACCGCCGGUAACGUUUCCAUCUUUGCCUCUGGUGUCAAUGAAGCCGAUCUUUCUGGAUUCAUCAGCGGUAGUGCCUUGUCUUCUUUGCCAACUGGUACUUCUUCCUCUGCUGCCACCACUUCCUUCGUUGGUAAGGAAUCCAGAUCUAGAGCUGUUGGUCCAUCUGUUGCCGUCAUUGGUGUCCCAGUCAAGCCAGCUGACUUUGCCAAGUAUGAAAUCUUGUCUGCUGCCAUUGGUUCUGCCCACCUCUCCACUGUUGCUGCCUCUCCAUUGAGUCAACUCCCAGGUUCUGCCACCUCUCAACUCCUCAAAUACCAAGACGCCGGUUUGUUCGUCGUUUCCGUUUCUGAUGCCAACGCUAGCGUUGUUGCAUCUUCUAUCAAGGCUGCCAAGAAGAUCAUUGACUCUGUCAGCACCAAGGAUGCCUCUGCUGCUGUCAAGAACGCCCAACUUGCUGUUGCCCUCGAAUCCACUUUUGCCAACCCAGUUGACGUUAAGAUUGAUGCUUCCACCUCUGCUCCAAAGGUUGAAGGUUUCAACUACGUUGCUUAUGGUGACAUUGAUGUGUUGCCAUUCGCUGACGAAUUAUAAGUGCAUAUUCACCCACCCCACACAACCACCACCUUUUCUUGUUGGCCUGCCAACAAAAAAUUCA